AAGAUGAGGGAGAUCAUUACCAUUCAAGCUGGUGCUUGCGGGAACCAAGUUGGAGGAAAGUUCUGGGAAGUGAUAUCCGAUGAGCACGGCAUCGACCCGAGCGGCUGCUACCACGGUGAUUCGGAUUUGCAGCUGGAGCGCAUCAAUGUGUACUACAACGAAGCGUCCGGCGGGAAGUACGUGCCGCGCACCAUCCUCACGGACCUGAAGCCCGCCACGAUGGACGCUGUACGCUCCGGGCCCUUCGGCUGCCUCUACCGCCCCGAUAACUUCGUCUACGGCCAGAACAGCGCCGCCAACAACUGGGCCCGCGGACACUACACUGAAGGAGUAGAGAUCCUUGAGUCAGACCUCGACGUAGUUCGCCGCGAAGCAGAGGGCUGCGACUGUCUGCAAGGCUUCCAGCUCACCCACUCGCUCGGCGGCGGUACCGGUUCAGGACUCGGAACCCUACUUGUCAACAGAAUAAGAGAGGAAUACCCCGACAGAAUUAUCCUCACCUACUCCGUAUUCCCGAGCACCAGAGUUUCAGAUUGCGUCGUAGAGCCAUAUAACACUACCUUAGCAAUGAAUCAACUGGUUGAAAAUACUGAUCACACGUUCUGCUUGGAUAACGAGGCGCUCUACGACAUUUGCUUCAGGACCCUGAAGCUGACGACGCCGACGUACGGCGAUCUAAAUCAUUUGGUUUGUGCCACGAUGUCCGGCACCACGACGUGCUUAAGGUUCCCUGGACAGUUGAAUGCGGACCUGAGGAAACUAGCCGUCAACAUGGUGCCAUUCCCCCGACUCCACUUCUACACGCCUGGCUUCGCGCCCCUCACGUCCAGAGGAGCUCAACAGUACAGAGCGCUUACAGUUCCAGAGUUGACUCUUCAAAUGUUUGAUGCGAAGAAUAUGAUGGUCGCAUGCGACCCACGACAUGGUAGAUACCUGACCGUGGCCACGAUAUUCAGAGGAAGAAUGUCGAUGAAGGAAGUAGACGAACAGCUAGUCAAUAUCCAGAACAAGAACAGCACAUACUUCGUAGAAUGGAUCCCCUCGAACGUUAAAAUAGCGGUGUGUGAUAUACCGCCACGAGGGCUGAAGAUGGCGUCGACAUUCAUAGGUAACACCACAGCUAUCCAGAGCAUAUUUAAGAGGAUAUCGGAACAAUUCGUGGCCAUGUUCAGGCGGAAAGCAUUCCUACAUUGGUACACUGGUGAAGGUAUGGACGAGAUGGAGUUCACAGAAGCAGAGAGCAACAUGAACGACCUGAUGUCAGAAUACCAGCAGUACCAGGACGCGACGGCGGACGAUGAGGGGGAGUUCGACGAAGAAGCGGAAGGCGAAGGAUUGGAAUAA